UUCAUGUCAGUUUAGACACAGUUUUGUCGGCAGCCUCGGGCUUGGUCGAAUUCGUUACUCUCUAGCAUUACAGGUAUCGGCAGCAGGUAGCAGGCUAGGCUAUCCGAUAGAGUAUCGACACCUGAGCGGACAAUAAUAAUAUUAUUAUUUUGGCACUUGACUUUUCACUGCACUGGUGUUACUUAUUUAUUAGAAGGCUGUUUUAUUUUAUUGCCCUUUCGCGCUGUCGGGCUAUGUGCGUUGUGCAAGCCAAGCUAAACAAGACUUGGUACACACUACAAGCUGGAGUUACUGCUGUUGAGAAGUAAGUUAUUGCAGUAGCGCAUCACUAUCAGGCUCUAGAUUCACACGCUGUCAGGAGUACGUACCUCUACGAAGAAAGAAGGGAGUCGAGCAACUACUACUACUACUAGUAGCCUCAUUGCAUCAGUCAGUCGUUUGGUAUCUUUGCGGCCACGCCGAGUCCCGGCCCAUUCUCCGGGCCGAAUGUAACACUAUCGGUCGGGAGCGUGCUCAGCGGAUACACACAGCCACACACUGGCGCAGCGACUGAAGUCCUCAGCAUCGUUGAUGAGGGGAUAUCUCAGAUAAAUCAAAGUUGAUUACCACGGGCGAAGGGACAGCCGGACUCGUCUUCUCUUGUCGUGCUCACAAUGGCUACAUCAUACAGUGAUGAAGGGCCUCUUGCCCAGUACAACAGUCUACAAGAUCCUAACUUGAAUCACUACUUCGUCAGCAAGCCUAUCCAACGUCAUUUACUCAGGUCGGGUCUGGUCCGUGAUGACGGGUCUAUUCAGGGUACCGAAGCCUAUCGUCUUCACAUUGCACGGCUAGAACAGGAGAAAUCCGCCAAGACCCUGCUGGCCAAGAGCGUUGUGGAGCAGACCAAGGAAAUGGAGAGAAAACGCAAGUAUGAACUCCGGAAGCGGAUGGAGGAAAUAUCGAAGCUGGAGCUGGUCCGAAGAGUUCGGACUGGUGGUGGUGCGAUGUCACGCAACCCAGCCGUAGGCCCACACUACCGCACACAGAGUGCCCGGGCCACACAGGAAACAUCGUCCAUGGACAGCUCCAUGGGCAGCGCCGUAUCACUGGAUGGCAGCGGUGGGGGUGGUGCUAGGCUCCGCAGGCGCUUCCCAGCGCCGCAAAGUGAAGGAAACGCACGGGCUGAAAAAUCCGGGCAUGUGCUGGAUGUGCAGCGUGCGGACGUCCACCAAUUGCAUGAGAUGGCAUCUAAUCAAAAGAUAACGCGCUUGAACGAGGGCAGGGCACGCAUUGCCGUGGAGGGCGCCGACUCGCCAUAUCGCAAUGCCUACCCACCGGAGACAUUCUUCCCGGAUCCUGUUGAACCGUCCGUAGCCAGGUGGCUACUGAGUACUAAAGUUCCGCCGCCACCUCCACCACCGGGCUGUGCGUACACCGGCAGAAGCAACUCCAGAGCAGCGCAGAUUAAACGCCGUGCUCAAUCUGCCAAGGCUGCUACGGACCGUUUGUCAAAACCGGCCACACCAGGUCCCGACAGGAUGAGCAAGGUGUUGAAGUUACGGCGGACAGACGUGGAGUCGAAUGUGAAGCUUACUCUUCGAUUCCGUGGACGCCCACUGAAGCUCGAGGGACCGAUCGCCUUUGCAGAAGCCACACUGGAAAUCAUCCAGCAGCCGAAUGGCGGAAACACAAGGCGAUUGUUUUUCGGCAAGAUCCGUCCGCGGGACAAGAUACAAGUUCUUUCUCGGCGUCACAAGGAAAUGCCGUUUGCCAUGGUCAUCUACGUGGACAGUAUCAUUGCGAGCAGGACCAGCACAUGUUGUGAAUAUCAUCUACUACCGGGCACACGACUAGGUGGCAGGAAAGGAUUGUUUGUUGUUCAUAGCGUCGAGGGUGGUGAACCGUGUCUCAAGUGUCAGUUGGAACGAGGCACAGUCGUGCCAGAAAGUCGUAUGAAGACAAAAUCACCGGAUAACAGAGCCCUGACGCCUCUAUCUGAUCUGCCACCCCUCGGCGGCGGUGGCAGUGUAACUGUUGAUGACUCUGAGGAGAAUGCAAGUGACGCGGAAGCGACGGCCAGGGAGGAUAGCAACGAAUCCCGGAACACAGCCAGCCAGUCACCUAGCGAGGAUGAGCACAAGCAUAAUGCUGAGGAGCACUACGACUCUAGCCAAAGGCCCAGUAGAGCACAGUCGGCAUCGGAGUCUGAUCGUACAAAGUCGCGCGAAAGUGACGUGUCCGCAUCCAGGGCCAGUCCGGUCAAAAAGUGGACCCGACCCAGAUCCAAAAAGUCGCAGGGGUCUAGUUCUGGCUCCAGCACGUCCAGACAGAGCAGAUCAAGCCGAAACACAGGUCACUCAUCGUCCAGCGCAGACCUGUCAUCCGGUUCGGAGUCCAGCAGCGACGGUGCCGACUUUGUGUCCGACGCGGAGAAGAAAGUGGAGAAGACACCGACGCCAAGGUCCACUCCUGCGUCAGAAACGCCGCCAAAGUCAACACCACCGCGCCUUUCACCGUCCGCUAGCACAGACAAGGAUGGUCGUCAUAACAGCUCUCGUGCGGCUCAGGGAAGCGACCCCGGAGCAUCCGACUCGUCACCGCAAGCCACACCCGCUCCCAGUGAUGCAGAAAGCGAUAAGGAAAAACAAACAGAUUCAGACGCAGACGCAGCAUCUGCCGGCAGUCGUGAUACAAGUGGCAAGCAACGACAACGCACAAGCCGUGCUUCUCGGGAAAGUCAACACAAAGAAUCGGCCUCAGAGAGCCAGAGUGCCUCUCCCCGCCACGCAAGUGAUGCAUCAUCACAAGCCAAGGAGCACAGCCACAGCAGUAGUGAGAGUAACAGCAGGCGUGCCAGCAAUGCAUCACGAACAAGCCAGCAUAGCGCUAGUUCGCACUCAUCAGCUGGCGAUACCCAAGAUACGAAUACUGCUACAGCUGAUGAUGGACAAGAAGCAAACGAAGAUGCUGCAGCCAGCAAUACUAGUAAUGAGGUGGGUACUGAUGUAGACAAACCUGGCAAACAACACCAGCAGGAAGCAGAGGAGGCAGUAGAGAAAACCUCCAGAAAAGCCGAGGAUUCUGCCACCGAAAAAGCGCCGCCCUCUGCUGCUCCAGAAGAGGAUCUUGGCCCUGCAGACAGUCUUCACACUCACAGUCCUGGUGCUGGGACUGAAGCUGAAGCAACGCCUGAAGAUGCUGACAAUGCCUCAGGACAACAGGCUGGUACUGGUGAACACGCGCUAGAUGAGAACAAUACUGCGGCUUCUGUUGAUCAGGAACAUGGGGAUAGCGAUGCUAAGCCUGACAAAGACGCAGCCAGUAAGACACACCCAACGAAGGAUGAUGGCGAUGAUAGCACCAGCAAAGACACUCCAAACAACAGUUCUCCAGCUAUCGAAGGCACAACAAACACAGUUGAGGAAAGCCAAACCAAAGUGGAUACUGAACAAGCUGCAGCAGACACGUCAGACAAGGUUUCUUCUGAGGACGGGGCCGCAAAGUCAGCACCAGCUAGUGAGGAGGUGACAAAACCGGCAGGAGAGGACUUGCAAGCGUCCGAAUCAGCAGUCGGUGAGCUUCACAAUUUUGGCACCAAGGAUGAGGACGAGGAUGACCUAUUCGACACGACCAGCGUUGGUAGCGGGUCACACGGCCGCACGCUGCAUCGCGAGAAGUCAGUGCAUCUUGACGACAUGGCAGUGGGUGCACGUCCCAGCCGCUCGCAGUCCACACUGCCCUCGGCCUCGCUAGUCGAGGACAACGUGCUAAACCUACUCAAUGUGCAGUUCACUGAUGAACAGUCCAAGGAAGUGUGCACAGCCCUGGAGCACAGCAAGGAUGUGAAAAGUGUGACCUUCCGUAACACCGCUAUGAGUGAUGAGCACCUACAACAGGUGAUGCCAGGCCUCGCCAGCGUCGCACCGUCAUUAACUACUCUGAAUCUUAACCUGAACAAGAUUGGCGAGUGCGGUGCGGACUGCGUCAGUCAGGUGAUUGCCUCGGCGCCAAACCUGAAAACUCUGCUGCUGCAUGGAAAUCCCAUAGGUGACAAGGCCAUGAACAAGCUAGUAGAUGUACUACUGGGAGUGUCAUCAGGCAGCAGUGCACCGCAGGCAUCCCCUGCUUCAGAACACGAAACAGAGGACAGGAAAACAACUAGCGGUGGUGACAAUGCUACCGAGGAAAUGCCUGAAAAGGCAGAGACCACUGGGCAAGAUGCUGAGGGAACAACCAAACCGGCCGAAGUCAGUGAAAACGUGACCCAGGGUGCAUCUGAGGAUGUGGUUAGCACAGCAGACACUGGCAAAGUCACCAGUACCACUGAGCAGAGUGACACCAAAGAUGAGAAGACCUCUGUGCCGGCGGAAGACACACCUGCGAACGGUGACACCACUGCCAAUACAACCAAGCCAAAUGACACCGGCGACAGUCAUGAUAACGGCGAUGAAACUGCGGUGGAGAGUUCCAAGAGUGAUCCACAGCAGGAUGAGAGUGCAGUUGCCACUGAGGAUCAGCCGGAUGCUGCCGCUGCCGUUGCCAGUGCCAAUGAUGAUACUAUACCCGGUGAAGGAAGCGCCAAGGAGGCCCCUACACAGGAGACUGAACCGGCUGACAUAUCGACGGAGGCUGCAUCGCAAGAUCAGGCCGGUAAUGAAGCCACUGCUCCAGCUGCUCAGCCGCUAGCAAGCACGGACGAGCCAGUAGUGGAUAUGAAUGCAGUAGAAGCGACACAGGACGCGCCCCCAGAGAACCAACCAGUUGCAUCGGUUGACACAGGAGAUGCAGCUGGCAUUCAGUUGUCUGAGACGGAUAAGCAAGAGCCCGCGCCAAGCAAGGAGGACAAUAGCACUGGCCAUGGUGAGGAUGGCAUAGCCGAGGUGGCGACUGACAAGGAGACUAGCGCUAGUCAACAACAAGCUGAUGUUGUAGAACCAGAGGACUCCACUACUGGAACAUCCCCCUCAGCACAAGCACCACCUCCACCACCGACAUCACCACCAGCACAAGCACCACCUCCACCACCGACAUCACCACCAGCACAAGCACCACCUCCACCACCAACAGCAGAAGCAGCAGCAGCAGAAGAGGGCACAUCCGAGUCAGCGGCAGCUGAAGAUCAACAGCCGCAGCAGCAGCUACAGCAGACAGCAAGCACUGCAGUACAUGCGCCCGCCGUCCAGGAGCUGGACCUAGGUGACUGUAACCUGAGCGACGAGAGUGCGCCAGCAAUUGCUCGCCUGCUUACACAGUCGGACGCACUCACCGAUCUGAACCUGAGUGGCAACUGCUUCUCGUCAGAUGCAAUGGCCAGCAUUGGUGAUGCACUGGGAAAAAGCAGCGCUUUGAAAGAGCUGUCACUUGAUUAUUGUGGGAUUGGAGACGAGGGCAUGCAGUCCCUAGCUGCUGGUCUGUCACAGAACACGUCACUGACAACGCUGGACCUGGAGAGCACGGGGCUAAGCGACGAGGGCGUUAAUCACCUACUCAACGCACUACUGCACAACAGCACACUAAACGUCAUCAACCUCAGCAGGAACUCCAUAUCAGCUGACUGCUGGCAACGAGUCAAGCGCACGCUGGCCAAGCGAACGCGUAGAAACUCAAUGAGCUACUAACCUUGCACACAUCUGCUCUUCUUCCGCUCUCCCAGGCUAGAAUUAAAAUGUAUGUACACAACUAAUUUGGGAUGUUUUAUCAUGGUCACCGUACGGGUUAUACCCAGCCGUGUGAGUUGUGUAGAAUUUUAAAUGUUACUCCUACAGGCAAAGUUUUUUUCCCAGAUGUACUUACAGACUGUGUUCCGUCUCUCUAUUGUCCAAGUAUUGCAGAAGUCUUGGGUAUUCGGUUAGCUAUCUGCGCUUCCCCAAUAUUGCUGCUGCUGCUGCUGCUGCUGCUAUGUACCAUUGCUGAUCUUAAGCAUUCGCAUUAGUGUUGAGAUACGCGACGGGCUCGUGUCACGGGAUGCUGAUACGUGCGCCGGGGGCUUA